AUGAUACCAAGUGCUGAGCAUAUUUCUCUCCACCUUGAUUUUGUUGCAAAAAACAUAACAUGGGAAGAUCUAUAUCCUGAGUGGAUUGAUGAGGAAGAAGAAUUUAAGGUUCCUGUAUGUCCUACAUUGCCCAAUAUUCAAGCUCCUCGGACACCAAGGAUUGAUCUAAUAGCUGUAAAGCUUCCAUGUUUAAGGACAAGGGACUGGUCCAGAGAUGUGGCUCGUUUGCACUUGCAACUCGCAGCUGCAAGACUUGCUGCCAAAUCUAAAGGGUAUCAUCCAGUGAGAGUGCUUCUAGUGACCAACUGUUUCCCCAUUCCAAAUCUUUUUACGUGCAAAGAGCUUGUUGUACGUAGUGAUAAUGUUUGGCUAUAUGAACCCAAUCUCAACAUGCUGAGGGAGAAAGUGCAGCUUCCAGUUGGGUCAUGUGAACUUGCAGUUCCUCUCAAGGCCAAAGAUUAUCGGUACUCAGGGAACCCAAAACGAGAAGCUUAUGCAACAAUUCUGCACUCGGCUCAUGUUUACGUAUGUGGGGCAAUUGCAGUUGCCCAGAGCAUUCGCAUGUCUGGCUCAACACGAGACCUAGUCAUACUUGUGGAUAGCACAAUAAGUGACUACCACCGUGGCGGCCUCGAGGAGGCAGGCUGGAAAGUCCAUACAAUCGAAAGGAUCCGAAACCCGAAAGCCGAACGAGAUGCCUACAAUGAAUGGAACUAUAGCAAGUUCCGUCUCUGGCAGUUAACCAAUUACGACAAAAUCAUAUUCAUCGAUGCUGAUUUACUCAUUCUCCGAAACAUCGAUUUCCUCUUCGAAAUGCCGGAAAUAACCGCAACCGGAAACAAUGCCACCCUUUUCAACUCCGGUGUGAUGGUCGUCGAACCAUCGAAUUGUACAUUCAAACUGUUGAUGGAUCACAUCAACGAAAUCGAAUCAUAUAACGGCGGAGAUCAAGGGUACUUGAACGAGAUCUUCACGUGGUGGCAUCGCAUCCCAAAACACAUGAAUUUCUUGAAGCAUUUUUGGGAAGGCGACGAAGAAGAAAAAAAGGAGAUGAAAACACGGUUAUUUGGAGCGGACCCACCGGUUCUAUAUGUACUUCACUAUCUCGGGCUAAAGCCAUGGUUAUGUUUCCGGGACUAUGACUGCAACUGGAAUGUGGCUAAGAUCCAGGAGUUUGCGAGCGACGUGGCACACGCGAGGUGGUGGACCGUUCACGAUGCUAUGCCAGAAAAUCUGCAUAAAUAUUGCUUGUUAAGAUCGAAGCAAAAGGCGGCAUUGGAAUGGGAUCGAAGGGAAGCCGAGAAAGGGAACUAUUCCGAUGGACAUUGGAAGAUUAAGAUCAACGAUUCACGUUUGACGACUUGUUUCGAGGAAUUUUGCUUCUGGGAGAGUAUGCUGUGGCAUUGGGGUGAAACGAACUGGACAGACAAUGCGACCACCGCUGCCGCCCUGGCUCCGCCAAUCACCGCCGCUACGGGGUUGUUGCCGGCGUUGUAG